AUGCUGUUCAACUGGUUGGUGGUGGUAGUCAACGACACUACAUACCCCCCAGACGUACGGACGCUGGCGGAUGAGUUAGUGAUUAUGACGGUCGAGGUGUUCUAUCUGGACAAGAAACAGAAUUUCAUUCUCUCGGCUGCGGACGUGUGGGUGAAGCGCCUGGUGGCUGGCAUGCAACAGUACAACACGCACACACAGGAAG